AUGCUCUCUCGCCUUGUCAAGCUUCUGCCUUCAGCUUUGCGCGGCUUUCAGACCCAGGCGCCAUUGCAAGCAGCACCCACCUUGGCAUCUCUGACCCCAGCUUCUCUGACCAUCGGUCCCUCUGUCAUCGAUGUCGUUUCUUUCACUGGUCCAGCUCGUCCGUUGCGUCGAGUAGGCAUGAUGCCUCUGCCCAACAACCGCAUCUCCACUUCCUUUGCAGACCUUCGCAGCGCUUCAAAGCCGAGCAUGCGCAUGCACACCAUCUCCGAGCCCGGCACUUCGAAAGCAGAGGAGAUGUGCAAGCCUGCUAGAGCCGCUGAAACGUUCGAGCAUGCCAACGAGGUCACAAACAAUGUCCAGUCCGCCGUUUCGGAGGAAGACGUGUCAGUACAGACUCAUCACGAUGACCUACGUCAAGCGCUCGAGCCUGGAUCCAUCAUCAAAUCCGGUUCGCACGAGACUGGCUUUGGUCGUCUGGGCGAGUCUGCUUGAUUAUACGCAAGGACUUUGACGUCAGACGCUAGGUGAGGGUCCUUGCUCCGCUCGCAGUCUCUGCACCCAGCUCUUUCUCUUGGAUCGCGUCCAUACUCACUCGAUCAUCGACCCCCUUCGCGCAGCCCAAGCGACGUAA